AUGCCAUUCGGUUUAAAGAUGUCACAAGAUGUCUUUCAAUCAAAAAUAGAUCAAACCUUUGAGGGCUGCAAUGGUGUUGUGGGAAUCGCUGACGACAUAGUGGUCUUUGGCAAGACAGCGGAAGAGCAUGAUGAAAACCUGAUGGAGAGAUGCCAAAACACCGGUCUAAAGCUCAACCCUGAGAAAUGUUUCAUAAAGCAGAAACAAAUCAAAUUCUAUGGAGUUAUAUGCAAUGAAGAGGGUAUUAAGCCAGAUCCAUCCAAAGUUUCCGCCUUGAAACAGAUGACAAAGCCCAGAGAUCGUCGUGAGCUCUAG